UCUUGGCCGCUGUUAAAAGGUAUAAAUAGCGGUGGUGGCGGGGAAAUGAAGCAGCAGUGCUUUUUUUCAAGCGCAUGUCCCUCACUCUGAACUGGCUCUAGAGCUGCGAAAAUGGUGAUGUUCACAGUUACCAGAAAGGAAACCUCUCCCAUUGAUAGUCAGAAGCCUGGAACAUCAGGUCUCAGAAAGAAGGUAACCGUGUUUAAGCAACCAAAUUAUUUGCACAAUUUUGUCCAAGCAACAUUCAAUGCCCUCCCCGGUGAACAGGUCAAAGGUGUUACACUCGUUGUCUCUGGAGACGGUCGCUACUUCUCUAAAGAUGCCAUCCAGAUAAUAAUUAAAAUGGCAGCUGCAAAUGGCGUGAAGCGCAUUUGGGUAGGCCAAAACGGUCUCCUUUCAACCCCAGCAGUUUCUUGUAUCAUACGUGAAAGAUAUGCUGCAGAUGGAGCUAAGGCUUCAGGAGGUUUCAUCUUGACAGCUAGUCACAAUCCGGGGGGACCGCAUGAGGAUUUUGGGAUCAAAUACAACAUGGGGAAUGGAGGACCUGCUCCUGAGGCAAUUACGGAUAAAAUAUAUGCCAAUACAAAGACAAUAAAAGAAUAUUUCAUUUCAGAAGAUCUUGUGGAUGUGGACAUCUCUGUCCUUGGGGUAUCAAGUUUUCAAGGACCUGAGGGAACUUUUGAAGUGGAGGUCUUUGAUUCGACAACUGAUUAUGUGAAGCUGAUGAAGUCAAUAUUUGAUUUUGAAUCUCUCCGGAAGCUGCUUUCCUCUCCAAAGUUCACAUUCUGCUUUGAUGGACUUCAUGGAGUGGCUGGUCCCUAUGCCAAACGUAUUUUUGUGGAAGAGCUUUCUGCCCAUGAAAGGUCAUUAUUAAAUUGUGUACCAAAGGAGGACUUUGGAGGUGGCCACCCUGAUCCAAACCUGACCUAUGCAAAGGAGUUGGUUGCACGUAUGGGAUUGGGUAAAGAAGCACCUAAAGAUGAACCACCAGAAUUUGGAGCUGCUGCAGAUGGUGACGCUGAUCGUAAUAUGAUCCUUGGGAAAAGAUUUUUUGUAACUCCUUCGGAUUCAGUUGCCAUUAUUGCGGCAAAUGCAGUCCAAGCCAUUCCAUAUUUCAGUUCUGGAUUGAAAGGAGUUGCAAGGAGCAUGCCUACAUCAGCUGCCCUUGAUGUUGUGGCAAGAGAUUUAAACCUGAAAUUUUUUGAGGUUCCCACUGGAUGGAAGUUUUUUGGGAACUUAAUGGAUGCUGGAUUAUGUUCAAUCUGUGGUGAAGAAAGUUUUGGAACUGGUUCUGAUCACAUUCGUGAGAAAGAUGGAAUCUGGGCUGUUUUAGCAUGGCUUUCUAUUAUUGCCUAUAGAAAUAAGGACAGCCUGGAUGGAAGAAAGCUUGUGAGUGUUGAGGACAUAGUUCGUCAGCACUGGGCUACUUAUGGUCGUCACUACUAUACUAGAUAUGAUUACGAGAAUGUGGAUGCUGGAGCAGCAAAGGAUCUUAUGGCACAUUUAGUCAAACUGCAAGCCUCUCUUCCUGAUGUCAACAAGUUCAUAAAGGGAAUACGGUCAGAUGUGUCCAACAUAGUCCAAGCUGAUGAAUUUGAGUACAAAGAUCCGGUUGAUGGUUCAGUUUCAAAGCACCAAGGAAUUCGAUAUUUUUUUGAGGAUGGGUCUCGAUUGGUUUUCCGUCUUUCUGGAACUGGUUCUGAAGGUGCAACCAUCCGCUUAUACAUAGAACAGUAUGAGAAGGAUUCUUCCAAAAUUGGAAGGGACUCUCAAAAAGCCUUGGCGACACUGGUCGAAGUUGCUUUGAAGCUCUCUAAGAUGCAGGAAUUCACUGGUCGCUCUGCUCCCACAGUUAUUACAUAGGAAGUGGGACUGCUUCUGUUGAUUCAGAUAUCAUUUUGUUAAGGUAUGCAAUGAUCAACAUGACAACGGUUUGUAGUUCGGAGCUACUUUGGAGUCAGCUAGUAUAGCAAUAAUGAGUUUGAAGCUGCAACAAAAGCAUAAUAUUAUAUCCCCAAAAGUGCCAUCUUUAUGGCUUUUGCUUCGUCUUCUUUUGUUAUAUGUUGCUAAGUUUAGUUUCGUAUCGAAGACAUAGAUGUUGCUAUAUUUCUGCCUUUUGCUUAUUUUACUGGAUCUUGGAGUUCGCAGAAGAUUUUCGGACAGCAUUUUCCUUGGGAUGCUUUGUUAAGAAUUUAACUAGUGGAAUGCAUCUAUUGUAUGAUGAUCAAGACUGUAAUAAAUACUUGAUGGUGGGAGUUGUUAUGCAUACUUCAAUGUUUUCAAAUGUCGGUGCAACUUACUAUUC